AUGCUUAAGAAAAAGAGUAAGACGAGAUUUGUGAUAUAUGUGAAGGCCGGAGUGUAUAAGGAGAAUGUGUUGUUGGAGAAGGCGCAUUGGAAUGUGAUGAUUUACGGCGACGGCGCUGCUGCAACGGUGAUCUCCGCCGAAAAGAACGGAGUCGCCACCUUCGACGCCGCCACUUCUAGUGGAUUUAUAGCCCGGGACAUAGGGUUCAUAAACACGGCCGGGCCACACAAGCACCAGGCCGUGGCCUUCGGUUCGGGUUCAGACCAAUCCGUCUUUCACCGGUUCUCCUUCUAUGCUUUCCAAGACACCCUUUACCCCCACUCGAAUCGCCAGUUCUACCGCGAGUGCAACGUCACGGGCACCAUCGACUUCAUCUUCGGGAACGUCUUCCAAAAGUGCAACACCAAGCCUAGGCAGCCCAUGCCCAACCAAUUUGUGACCAUCACUGCACAAGGCAAGAAAGACCCUAACCAAAACACUGGCAUUUCCAUCCAAAGAUGUGUGAUGGGCCCAUUUGAUAAGCUCACUGCACCAACUUAUUUGGGCCGGCCUUGGAAAGAUUACUCGACGAUGCAGACCGAAAUCGGCGGGUUUUUGAACCCACUGGGCUGGAUUUCUUGGGUCGGGUAUAGGCCCACUGUCACAACGGCCGAGGCAUCAAAGUACACUGUGAAUUCAUUUAUUCAAGGCCCAUCUAGGCUGGCUGAAUCAAAUGUGGUUUUUGAUUCCACAUAA